AACAAACUGAUAAAUGAAGCUGACUAUAUCAUUUUACAUUCAGCAGAAACGUUGGGUAUUCUGGUGCCUAUUGGGUUGGAUUUCAGGGCGUGUCUGCGAGAACCACCAAUCUAAACAUGGGUUUGCGCUUCAUCUGGCCAAAACGUUCUCUUGGAUAGCUGCAACGCUCUAUAGCAAUAAUGGAUGGUUCUACAAAGGCAAUACUGAUAAUCACACUUUAGCUGACAAGAAAAUAUAUAUAGAAGCGUCUCUAUUGAGCGGUGUGAGGUUUAUGGCCUCUAGCGCGUCGUGUUUUGGGAGAGCUCAUUAGCGAAAUCAAGUCUGCCCUGCACUUAGCCAUCGACAUUUUUCGGCACCCAUGAUAUACACUACUUCCAAUACUCAUGGAGAAUUCAGAAAAGCGCAUAUACUUUUUACAGUUACCACAAGAUUCAAGAAUCGGAGUUUGGAAGGUACUUUUCUGGGAGAUGUCGAACUGACGGAAGCCAAUGGCAUCGUGACGAGCCGAACAAACUUGAGUCCCUUCGUUUACGAUAGGACAAGCUGUCGUUGAGCAAAAUAUUACGUUGAGGCUUUGCUACCGAGAGCGAGAUUACAAAUUGGCCGAGGCAGUUUGGUGGAUUUGCCCUCCGCUCCCUUGGAGUGCUUCGGUAUCACGACUAGACCUUCCCGCUCUACGCUUCGCUCACCCUUGACUGUGUCAUUUGAGCAAACUCGACGACAAAUAUAUGCUAUACAAAAUGUUCGGUAUCUUGAACAGCAGGUUUCAGAAUCUGGUGUUGCGCUAUCAUUCUUGUCAUAUUCUCAAGUUCGUUCUCUGUUCGCUACCUUUCCACAAACGAGUUUUUGCUUCACUAAGCGACGCCCACUUUCGAUGCGCAUAUCAUUAAUCGCCAUAGUUGUCUCACAACUAUACGAGAUACACUGAAACAGUGAUUCUUAC